ACACCUUUAGUUAGAGUCACACAACUUUGAGCGAAGAGUCAACUUAACAAGUUACGUCCACGUAUUUACGUAUUUGGUGCAAGGCUGUGAAGCUUUCCAUUAUGUUGAUCUUCGUCGCCAUCAUUCUGGGAACGUUCUCAGUGUCCAGUGCAUGUACAAAUGCGACACCGUAUGAGUUGUUGACUAAAGGGCUUAAAGCCACGCAGAGUUCUCUUGGAUGGAAGGGUAUCCCAUUUAGAGCAAUUGAUGGUAACUUUGCUACCGACUACGGCGAACAAAGCUGUACACACACACUGAAGCAACCUGAAAAUUGGUGGAUGGUGGAUCUAGGAAAAUCCUACAGGGUUAAAGAAGUGAAAAUUUACAAUCGAGCAGAUUGCUGCAAGGAUCGAUUGAAUGGUGCCACCGUCCGUGUCGGAGAUAACGCUAAUGGUAUGCUGACUAAUGCCGUAUGUGGAGAGCCAAUAAAAGUUGGCACCAGCUCCGUGAUUAUUCGAAAGUGCACACUUGAAGGACAAUACGUUAGUGUUUCGCUGAAGAACCAAUACCUGACGCUUUGUGAGGUCGAGGUUUUUGGAGAAGAGUUGUUGACUAUUAAAGGGCUUAAAGCCACGCAGAGUUCUCUUGGAUGGGAGGGUAUCCCAGUUAGAGCAAUUGAUGGUAACUUUGAUACCAACUACGGCGAAAAAAGCUGUACUCACACAAUGAAGCAACCUGAAAAUUGGUGGAUGGUGGAUCUAGGAAAGUCCUACAGGGUUAAAGAAGUGAAAAUUUACAAUCGAGCAGAUUGCUGCAAGGAUCGAUUGAAUGGCGCCACCGUCCGUGUCGGAGAUAACGCUAAGGGUAUGCUGACUAAUGCCGUAUGUGGAGAGCCAAUAACAGUUGGCACCAGCUCCGUGAUUAUUCAAAAGUGCACACUUAAAGGACAAUACGUUAGUGUUUCGCUGAAGAACCAAUACCUGACGCUUUGUGAGGUCGAGGUUUUUGGAGAAGAGUUGUUGACUAAAGGGCUUAAAGCCACGCAGAGUUCUCUUGGAUGGAAGGGUAUCCCAGUUAGAGCAAUUGAUGGUAACUUUGAUACCAACUACGGCGAAAAAAGCUGUACUCACACAAUGAAGCAACCUGAAAAUUGGUGGAUGGUGGAUCUAGGAAAGUCCUACAGGGUUAAAGAAGUGAAAAUUUACAAUCGAGCAGAUUGCUGCAAGGAUCGAUUGAAUGGCGCCACCGUUCGUGUCGGAGAUAACGCUAUGGGUAUGAUGACUAAUGCCGUAUGUGGAGAGCCAAUAAAAGUUGGCACCAGCUCUGUGAUUGAUCGAAAGUGCACACUUAAAGGACAAUACGUUAGUGUUUCGCUGAAGAACCAAUACCUGACGCUUUGUGAGGUCGAGGUUUGGGGAGAAGGUCUGUAAUAUGGAUGUACUGUGGUUGAUAUUCACUGGUAUUUAUAGCCAACCAAAUCGAUCGAUAGCCAACCAAACGUCAUCAUAUUUAACUGGCAUUUCUUUACAAUUAUCUAAAGUAAUAUAAGAGGCUUUUAGAUUUUCAUUUCUUCAUAAUUAUAUAAUUAAAAAGUAGUUCUUUCAAUUAUUUAAUUUCAGUUAAUUCAAUUAUUUCUUUUGCAUUUGUUACCUUUCACUUCAAACAGAAUUAAUAGUAUUGUAGCACCUUAUCAACAAUGUUAUCUUAUAAAGAUUUGUCUACACUAUACGAUACAAUACUCCUUUAUUGGCAUUUUAACAACAUGGUAAAAAUGAUAUUAGUAUUGAUUGAUCCGAUAGGCAAAAACAGUAGUACGUACAAUUCAGAAAUAUAAACAGAAUGAAUAAAUAGGUAACUUUAAAAAAAAAAAUACAUUCCGUGAGAGAAUCAUAUGGCUGGGUGGGGAUCUCAGGAUCAAGAAUGGACCACAAUGACCCACCAGCUGAAUAGAAAAGGGGACAGCGCUGCCCUGAAUCUGAAAAACAACCAGAAACUAACACCAAAAGGUAAAAACAAUCUUCGAGCCACAGAGAAAGAAAACAGCUAACUGUCUGCUGGUGGAGUAUAAUGAGUCUCCCAAUCACCCGAGAAGGUCCCCACCCACCAAUACAAGACAUAUCAACAUUCAAUAGAGGAUAAUUUUCAAUUUUAUUUUUAACACUAUCAAAUUUUAUGUGACAAAAAAUGAGAUGUGCCCAUAUGGCUACGAUGACGUCUUUCACAUAUCAAAUUGUAUCAAAAAGGUUGAACGUGUUCAACUCUAUGUUCCAUCACAUUUUAUGCGACUCUUUUUUUUUAAAUGAAAUUCGAUAGUGUAGACGAAACUUUAUGCUGGGUCUAACAUCUAUCUGCUAGGGUUAAGUUUAUGAGUAGGGUUAAGUGGCUGUUAUAAUCAAUUUUGUCGAUAUCAUUUUGGGUUCUAACAUCUAUUCUGCUAGGGUUAUCAGCAAUAUGCAGUAGAACAGUUGCUCAUUCAUGACGUAAUGAAAGUCAAAUAAAUAUUUCUCAAUGAUGUGAACAUAA